AGACGGAUCUGCUGUAAAUACGGAACAACACCAGAACAAAAAACGGGACCAAAGACAUUUCUUUAAGGUUGCGUCAGACCUAUUCAUUGUUCAUUCAAAUGGAAAAUGCCAAGAAAUCUGUUGAUGUGCUCUCAACAUCCCUGUCAAAAUGCAUAUCAGCCUGUGGUUCUGUGACGCAUCAAAUAUUACCACGCUGGACUCAGCACUCCAGACCCUUCCGUGUCAUCAACUCUGAUCGCUCCAUAAAAAAAGGCAUCAUGGCAGAUGACCUAGAAGACCUGCACCACAAGGUGAUGGAUGUAUUCCACAUACACUGUAUCAGUGCUUUGGUGUUGGAUGAGGAUGGAACUGGAAUAGAUACGCAGGACUUUUUUCAAACCUUAAAAGACAACACUGUCCUCAUGGUGCUGGGGAAAGGACAGAAAUGGGCCCCACAAACGAAACACCUUCCAGGUCAGAAGAAAGUAGAGAGGAAACGCAUGACCAAGAAAGACCCUGAUUGCAACUGGACACAGCCAAGGAAAGAUGUUGCCAAACUGACCUUUGAUCUUUACAAAAAACAUCCACAGGAUUUUAUUGGCUGCCUAAAUGUGCAGGCAACCUUGUAUGGAAUGUACUCUGUGUCAUAUGUAUUGCACUGCUACAAGGCAAAACGAAUGCUAAGGGAAGCACUAAGAUGGACUCUCUUCACUAUGCAGACCACUGGUCAUGUUUUAGUGGGUACUUCAUGCUAUAUUCAACAUCUUAUUGACGAGGAGGAGAAAACAGAGACAGAGAUGAUAACACCUGCAUACGUCAUCAAGCAAUUAAAACAUUAAAAGAUGGUGACCUCUUCAACUCCUUUGGCUAACUAACAACAAAUUGCAUAACUUGAAUCUUUAUACCCUGCUUCUUUGUUUUUUCUAUGAGCAUAUUUGUGAAUUAUUUACUUUUGUGUAAACAUUAUAAUAUGAACAGUUACCAUGUGUAUUUAAAAUGAGCUCAGAUCACAAAAUGAUAAACAAAGCUCUUACAAUAUGUAUUUAUUUUUGUUAUCUUUUCUUUUAAAAAGAACUACUGUAACAAUAUGCAUUAACUACAUUAAUUGCAUAAACAAAAGAUUAGUCAUGUUUAUAACAUUUGGGCAAGUAAACUGUAAGUGAGUUCUAUAUGCAUGUCCAGAUAAGUUGCUUAAUUAAAACAUCAGUAAUGUAGAAAAAAUAGGGAAGCAUUGAAACUUGGUUAGAAUGUUUCAGUGUAAAUGACUUUAAUAAUGAUAAUGCUUUGACAGGAACAAGGUGACCAUUGCAGAUAUGUAACAUACUAAGGAAAAAAGAUAUGAAAGAGAUAUGUUUAGCUUUGCUAAAUGUUUAUGCUGUAUUUAUUACUGCCUUUGACUGAACACUUUAUUGACUUUUCUAAUAGCUGUUGCUGUUUAAUAAAUAUUUUGGUUCAAUAAAUAAGAUUAUGUCU